AAACGAACUUGUUAAGAGGCACAGAUUAUAAAGACAUUUAUAAAAGAUUCGACGGUGACGAUUAAUUCCUGUCUCGGAAUACAAAGACACUAACAGUGAAUCGGUAUGCAGAGGGUCUUGUUGCGAACUUUGGGCUCGAUUUUACUUGGGUUUGGCUGUGUGUGGUUGCUGCUGAUGGGCUACCUGGCUAUGACGCCGCAAAGGAGAGAUCCUUACCUUGAAAUAUUGCCCCGGGUAGAGGAGGAUUUUUUUGAAGGCAACGUUAACGGAGCGGUGAAUAUUUUGCAUUCCGACGGCAGUCCAAGUGUCCAAUACACCCAAAUGGUACGGGUGAUGAGCAGCAGCGUGGACACUUUACACGAAUACCUGACCGCAAAACUUAACCUCAUAAAUCGAUUAAUAGAAAAGGAUGAAGAUAAGACCUCAAUCCAAGGGCACCUUUAUGACGUAUUACGGGAGGGAAGAGAACAGUUAAGUCACAUGGUGACGGGAAUGAAAAAACUGCAGGAAAGUGAUGGGUUUCACACUUGGCGGCAAAAAACAUCUCGUGAUCUUGGUGCUUUAGUUCAAAGACGACUGCAGUUUUUACAGAACCCAGAAGACUGCGCAAAAGCCAAAAAGAUAGUUUGCACCCUGGAUAAGGAGUGUGGGUUUGGCUGUCAGAUGCACCAUUUGGUUUACUGCUUGGCCACGGCCUACGAGACGGAGAGGACAUUAAUUCUGAACAGCAAGGGGUGGAGAUACGCCAGUGACGGCUGGGAGACAGUGUUCAGGCCGCUCAGCAAUACCUGCACGGAUGAUUCUGGCUCAAGCAGGGCGAAGUGGGGAGGUACCAACCACAGAAAUGACACACAGGUCAUUGACCUACCGAUCCUUGACAUCGUGAAACCGUUACCGCGGUCGUUACCCCUCGCCGUACCGGAAGACAUUUUACGUGAUUUACGUCUUGUGCAUGGUAACCCAGCAGUAUGGUGGGUGGGACAGUUGGCUCGAUAUCUUUUUCGUUUGCAGCCUAAAACCAGAAACUACAUAUCAGGUGCUGCUCGGAAACUGAAUUUCCAUGGUAUUGUUGUAGGUGUCCAUAUCAGAAGGACCGACAAAAUAACUACCAAGGAGGCCACAAGACAUGAAUUAGACGAAUACAUGUCGUUUGUAGAGGACUAUCAGCAGAUGACUCAAUUUUCAAGGCCAGCCCAUCUACCUCGUGUUUACCUCGCAACAGACGACCCUGAUGUGGUAGCAGAAGCCAGAAGAAAAUAUCCUCAGUACAGAUUCUUAAAUGAUCUCUCUACAUCAAAGUCUGCAAGCGAAGAAACGCGAUACAGUGAGGCGUCGCUACUCGGUAUUAUAAUGGACACAUAUUUCUUGUCGCGAACCAACUUUCUGGUUUGCACCUUCUCAUCUCAGGUUUGCAGGCUUGCAUACGAAUUAAUGCAGACACAUCACACUGAUGCCUCCGCCCAGUAUCGGUCGCUGGACGACACAUGGUAUUUUGGAGGCGGAAGUCACCAACUAAGGGAAAUUCUUCUGGCCCAUAUUCCUCUGAAAGACGGGAAUGGUGAAUUAAAGCUUGAGCCAGGCGACUUAGUGUAUUCUGCAAUAGACAAUCACAAUGGUUAUUCAAAUGCUAAAUCUCUAAAGACCGGCGAAAUUGGACUAUUCCCUAGCUACAAAGGAAUAUGGGCUUCUAAAUCAGUAAAACUACCGACAUAUCCAAAUGCAACCUUUGUAGAUCACGCAAAAUUUUCGACUUCAAAUGCUUCAAAUGUAAAAUCAGAAAAAUAGAAAUUAGUGUAUAGUAAUUAUGGUAAAGCAGGCUUUACUGUUUACGUUUAUUUUAUGUGAUACUUUUUUAUCACUUGCAGAGGACAAUAAACUGUUUUGUUUAUCACGUCGUGCAAAAUAUUACAAAUUUGCCCCUUUAAAAGGCUAAUUUGGUCACCUUGACAGGUGUUUACAAAGCCUCUGUUACCGGGCACGAAUAAACAAGAGCACGGUCCGUCGUGAACUUAAGUCCAGUGACAUGAAAUGGGAUUUAAAAAACGAGUGUAUAUUUACAGAUUUCUACCCUUCGUCGACAACUCUGCUGUCAGUUAAAUGCGUCACGACAACAUGCUUCAUGGACAUAAAAGUAGUAAGAUAAUAUAUUUAAAAUGAUUCAUUAUUAAAAUGUACGACAAACUCAU